AUGACGUCCCCCGACUUGCACGCCCGACUCCGCGCCGCCCUUCCAGAGGGAGACGAGGCCCCCACCCUCCCCUCGGCGGCGGCCCUUGCCAACGCCUCGGCCUCGCUCCCGCGGCCCGCUGGAGAGGGGUACCUCUUGCCGCUGGGGGCCGAGGCCACCCUCUCGCACAUCAUCGACGAGGUCGUCCCGGGCCUCAACGGACAGGCGCGCAGCGGGCGGUACUACGGCUUCGUCACGGGCGGGUCGCUGCCCGUGGCCGAGGCGGCGGACAACAUCGUCUCGGCGCUGGAUCAGAAUGUGCAGGUGCACCUGCCCUCGCAGACGGUGGCGACGGAGUUGGAAAGCGUCGCGUUGCGCAUGCUCGCUGACGUGCUGGGUCUAGAGGAUGGCAAGGGGGCCAAGGAGGAGGAGGAGGUCUGGAAGGGGAGAACAUUCACAACGGGAGCCACGGCGAGCAACAUUCUCGGUCUGGCUUGUGGACGGGAGGCGGUCAUUGAGAAACGAGGGGGCAGGGUCGGUGAGGCGGGCAUCCUGGGCGCGUGCUUGGCGGCGGGCGUGAAGGAGAUUCAGGUGUUGACGAGCAUGGGACACAGCUCAUUGUCCAAAGCGGCAAGCGUCGUCGGGCUGGGCAGGGCCAGCGUCAAGGAGCUACCUGUCAGCGCCGACGAGCCGUGGAGACUGGACCUGGGCGCUGUGGAGAGGCACCUACGCAGAGAGGGCGUGGCGAGUAUCAUUGCUGUGAGUGCUGGGGAGGUGAACACCGGUCGGUUUGCGACUGGUGGUUUGGAGGAGAUGAGGAGGUUGAGGGAGUUGGCGGAUCAGUUCGGGGCGUGGAUCCAUGUUGAUGGAGCCUUUGGUAUCUUUGCGAGGGCUCUGGAGCCGACACCUGAAUUUGAGAGGAUCAGGGAUAUGGCCUCCGGGUUGGAGCUUGCAGACAGCAUCACUGUCGACGGACACAAGCUCUUGAACGUGCCCUACGACUGCGGCAUGUUCUUCACACGCUCCCUCUCGACCCUGACAUCCGUCUUCACGAACCCCAACGCAGCCUACCUCUCCUCGGGCCCUUCGUCCAUCCCCUCCCCGCUCAACAUCGGUCUCGAGAACUCGCGCCGCUUCCGUGCCCUCCCUGCCUACGCUGUGCUGCGCUCCGAAGGGCGCGCCGGCCUCGCCGCGAUCCUAGGGAGAAUGGUCCUUCUUGCGCGCCGGCUGGCGCAGUGGAUCCGCGAGUCGGAGGCGUACGAGUUGCUCCCCGAGGGGAGCUGGGACUUGGAGGAGACGCACAUGGUUGUCCUCUUCCGGGCGCGGGAUGAGGAGGUGAACGAGGAGCUGGUUGGACGGAUCAAUGCCACGCGAGAGAUGUAUGUCAGCGGGACGAGCUGGAAGGGGAGGAAGGCUGUGAGGGUUGCGGUGGGGAGUUGGAGGGUUGAUGUAGAGAGUGACUUUGGCGUCGUGACGCGGGUUUUGGAGGGUGUUGCCAAGGCCUAG